CGACAGCCCAUAAAGGUUCCCCACGUCUGACGCUGUUUGGGUUUCGCAGCGAGCAUGCGCGCCCGACAGCGGCAAGGCGAUCACAACUUUGAUUCAUCUCAGCCACACGCUGCCAAGGGCGCCCAGUCACCCCAAUUACCGCCGAGACGACGCGACACUCCACCAUCCCUGUGGCUUUAGGAUAAUAGCCAACCUAGCUGCUCCUCUGGCGCUCUCUUGCCCGUCUGCCCCCUACAACCCCAUGAGCCGCCAUCAUGGACGCGUGGAAUAACCAGAAGCUGCCCUUCUCCAAGAAGAAGCUCUCCAAGAAGGUCAUCCUAUCUUACAUCUUCGACUACCUGAUCAUCGUCAUCCUCAUCAUCGCUUUCUACGCUCUAGAUUCCGUCGAGCCCUACCACCAGCACUUCGCCUUGCAAAACUACACCCUACAGUAUCCAUACGCCGUCCAUGAGCGUGUCCCGGUCUUCGACCUGUGUCUCAUAGCCGUGCUCGCUCCGGCCAUCAUAAUCGCCAUAUACACCCUCGUCAUCGAUGGCCUCUUCUCCGCCAACAAACCGCCCGCCGGUCCAUCGGGAAGGAGGAAGUUGACGGGGAAAUACCGGAUGAAGGACAGGCUGUGGGAGCUGAACUGCGGUGUCCUGGGGCUGCUCCUGUCCGUCGGAGCGGCCUUCACUAUUACUGGCACGCUGAAGAAUGCGGUGGGCAAGCCGAGACCGGACUUGAUCGAUCGCUGCCAACCAAUCCCCGGAUCCGUAGACCCUAUUCCCUACGGACUUUCGAACCACAGCAUCUGUACGCAGAAAGACAACAACAUUCUCAAGGACGGCUUCAGGAGCUUUCCCUCCGGCCACAGCAGUACUGCUUUCGGAGGACUCUUUUACCUCUCGAUCUACCUGGCCGCCAAGAUGCACGUUCUCGAUUCCAAGGGCGAAGUUUGGAAGUCUUUCAUUGUGCUUGUCCCGACUCUCGGCGCCGCGCUGAUUGCAGCUUCCCGUAUCAUGGACGCACGUCACCACCCAUUCGAUGUCAUCACCGGCAGUAUGAUUGGUCUUCUGACUGCUUGGGGCGCCUACCGUCAAUACUUCCCUCCUGUGAGCGAGACUUGGCGCAAGGGCCGUGCCUAUCCGAUUCGGAGCUGGGGAAGGGAGCCCCAGCCCCCGGAUGCGACGUUCAGGACUGACGAAGGUGUCGAACCAAUGCGCGGACAACCCCAUCCACUGAAGCCGAUCGACGAAGAAUCGCCAUUCAAUGCCUCCACGACCGCGCUCUCGAGCGCUGGCCCCGAACCCGGUACCGGGAAUGGCAACCUCUUCCGCCAACAGAUCUCCAACAGUCAGCGCCAUCGCGCAGCAGCCAUAGAGGCGUACAGCGGCUCGCAACCCACACCUAGUUCCAUGUACAGUGCCGACCUAAACCGCGCACCUACCACCACGACGUACAGCUCACAACUUCCUGCUGCGAACCCUUAUGAUGACCCUAACCCUUUCAGCGACUACAGUUCCACGCGCCGAAGACGCAACGAUGGAUACACGAGCAGUUCGUCUGAAGACGAGGCUGACGAGUUCGAGCUGCAGCGCAGCUACACAUUGCGCAGCCCGCAAGGAGCGGCUAAUCCAAUGAUGGGCGCCUACGAUUCGGAUACGACGUAUCACCGACCGAAUGUUCCGACGGCAAUGGGAACGAGGAACCUGACCGGUGGCCGGGUGCCACCUGGGGAGGAAGCGGAUCUGGGCACCGGCGGCGGCAUCACGAGUCCACCUGUGCCGGCGCAUACCGUUGCCUACCCAAGGUGAUCUAGCGGAAUCGUAUGGGGCGAGGAGAGCUUUCUUAAAUCUCAUCCCGGACGAGAGAUGGGGGAGAUUGGACAUAGGGGUAUGUAUUUCACUUGGGCGUUUUAGGGUGGGGUAUAUCUUCUUCUCUUUGAGCGUUGGCGCUUUUGUGCACAGUCUUUCCUGUGUUCAUAGAUUUUUUGGUAGUUCACGGACUGCCGGUUUACGAUCACGAAUAGGGAAAAGUAUGUACUCUUUUUUCCUCGAGACUUUGCGCGGAUGUAGGGUCUGGUGAUGGGCGGUCUCCGAAAGUCGAGGUGUCGAUGGUCCUAUUGGCUCUCGUUGGACGCUGAAUAUCUUGAACAUUAAUAGAAGCUGCGAUCAACACUUGACACUCGACGCUCCCCACAUCCCACGGCAAUAAAACACCUAUCCAUGUACACAUGCGAUUGAUCUUCG